AUGGAGACAACGAUACCGCCGAUUUCUGAACCCGCGGCGGUUGCUGCCGCUGUCGCCAGCGCUAAUAGAGAUGAGCAUGCGACCACGGUCGGCCAAGCGCUGAAGCGGUAUCCCAGCGCCAUCUUCUGGGCAAUUGCAAUGUCCUUUACAAUUGUCAUGGUUGGCUACGACACAAUCCUGAUGGGCAGCCUCAUGGCAUACCCCUCAUUUGUUGAGAAAUACGGCACAUAUCACCCUGAGCUUGGCGUCAAGGUGAUAUCAGGGCCGUGGCAAGUUGGCCUCAGUACCGCGGGCUCCUGUGGAGGCGUCUUUGGCAUGAUUAUCAAUGGCUUCGUUACCGAGCGGUUCGGCCACCGCAGAGUCACCAUGGUUGCUCUCGCCAUCAUGACGGGAUUGAUCUUCAUACCCUUCUUUGCGCCCAACGUGCACGUCUUACUCGCCGGACAGUGCCUUCUUGGGGCGAUUUGGGGCAUCUUCUCCAUCAUGGGAGCAAUGUAUUCGUCCGAGAUAUGUCCCCUCGCGCUACGAGGCUACAUGACCUCCUUCAUCAACAUCUGCUGGGUUAUCGGCCAGCUGAUUAUCGCUGGAAUUUUGCAAGGACUUGUCAACAACACUACCAAAUGGGCUUACAAAAUCCCCUUUGCCGUUGAGUGGGUUUGGCCGGUCCCCCUGUUCUUCCUCGCAUGGCUGGCCCCUGAUUCUCCGUGGUGGCUUGUCCGACAGGGCCGGAUUGAGGAUGCAGCAUACUCUUUGAAGCGGCUUUCUCGAGGUCUUACUGAUGAGCAGAUUUGCCAAAAGGUCCUCAUGAUGAACGACACAAACAGGCUCGAGCAGAAGUUGAAAGCCGACGCAAGCUACUGGGACUGUCUCAGGGGCGCCAACUUGAGGCGCACAGAAAUCGCAUGUUUGUCCCUUUCAUCCCAGAGUCUGAUUGGGCAAUCUUUGGCGUACAAUGCCACGUACUUCUUUGUACAAGCUGGCUUGUCAGCCUCCGAUGCUUACAAAAUGAACUUUGGCAACAUGGGCAUCGCUUUCGUCGCGACCUGUUUCUCAUGGGUGUUGAUGACACAUUUUGGCCGGCGAACGGUGCUCUUGUGCGGCUACACUUUCCUGACACUUGAUCUCCUCCUUAUUGGCGUUUUAUCCUAUGCCUCGAAUAACUCGGCGGCGAAAUGGGGCCAGUCUGCUUUGGCACUCGUCUGGCUGGCUGUGUAUUCGGCCACUAUCGGACCGCAGACAUGGGCAGUCGCCGCCGAAGUCUCAUCGACGAGGUUGCGGGCCAAGACCCUUUCUAUUGCCGGUGUCAUUUACAACAUUGUCAACAUUGUCGACAAUACGAUCGAGCCAUAUCUUAUCAACCCCACGGAAGCGAACUUGAAGGGCAAGACGGCGUUUGUUUGGUUUGGCAUUAGCUUCUUGGUGACUUUAUGGGCUAUUUUCCGCAUCCCUGAGACGCGCGGAAGAACGUAUGGAGAGCUCGACGUGUUGUUUGAGAAGAAGAUUCCUGCGUGGAGAUUUGGAACAGCCGAAGUGGAGGAUGAUAUUACCAUUAUUGGGGACGACGAGUCUCAGGUGAGGGAAGAAGAUGAGAAGCGAGAUGUGGUAGAGCAGCAGGCGGUGGCCACGAUAUCAUGA